GACUGCCCGCCGGGCUCCCAGGACUUCAGAGAACUGCAGUGUGCAGAGUUUGACAACGUCCCCUUCCGAGGGAAGUACUACACCUGGAAGACCUACCGUGGAGGGGGUGUCAAAGCCUGUUCCCUCAACUGCCUGGCAGAAGGUUUCAACUUCUACACGGAGCGGGCGGCGGCGGUGGUGGACGGGACCCCCUGCAGGCAGGACUCCAACGACAUCUGUGUCAACGGGGAGUGCAAGCACGUGGGCUGUGACCGUGUCCUGGGCUCUGACUCCAAGGAGGACAAGUGUCGUGUGUGUGGGGGAGAUGGCAGCUCCUGUGAGACCAUCGAGGGGGUCUUCAACCAGUCCCUGCCAGAGGGAGGUUACGAGGAGGUGAUCCAGAUUCCCAAGGGCUCCGUCCACAUCGACAUCCGGGAGCUGAACCUCUCCAUCAACUACCUAGCCCUGAGAGGGGAGGGUGGUGAGUAUUACAUCAAUGGGAAGCUCUCCAUCGACCCCCCGCGCCGCUUCGACAUCGCCGGCACCACAUUCCACUACAGGAGAUCCCCAGAGGAACCCGAGUCCCUGGAGGCCUUGGGACCCACCAACAUCACCCUCUUUGUCAUGGUCCUCGUGCGGACGGAGCUGCAGGGGAUCCGCUACAAGUUCAACGCGCCCGUCGGCAGAGACGCCUCCAACCAGUACUCCUGGCACUACACCCCCUGGACCAAAUGCUCAGUGCUGUGUGCUGGGGGCAGCCAGAUCCAAUCUGUGGUAUGCAAGAAACUUUCCGAUGGCUCAACUGUCUUCAACCAUUUCUGCAGCCCAGAAACCAAAAUGCCAGAGAGGCAGAGGCCGUGCAACACCGAGCCAUGUCCCCCGGGCUGGGUGAUUGGGAACUGGUCCGAAUGCAGCCGAAGCUGCAACGAAGGCGUCCGCACACGCAGCGUCUUCUGCAAGCGCAAGAUCUCUGCCACUGAGGAGAAGACCUUGGAUGAUGCCUCUUGCACCCACCCACGGCCCAAGAUGCUCGAGCCUUGCAAUAACCAGACGUGCCCUCCAGAGUGGGUUGCCCUGGACUGGUCUGAGUGCACCCCAAGCUGUGGGCCGGGAUUCCGCCACCGCAUCGUCCUCUGCAAGAGCGGGGACCACAGCACCACCCUGCCCACCUCCCAGUGCUCCGAGGCCUCCAAGCCCCCAACCAGCAUGAGGUGCAACCUGCGGCGCUGCCCACCCCCACGCUGGGUGACUGGCGAGUGGGGAGAG